AUGGAACCACGUGAUGUUGAACCACCAGGAACACAACCGUCGGAGGUGCACGAUAGAAGGGAUGUAGGAGAAAAAACUCCCGAACCACACACUCAACUUCCAACUCCUACUGCCACACCGCUUCCAAAUUUGACGGAACCUACCUCACCGCCUACCUCUGAACCAAUCGAAGUCGAUGAAACUCCAAAUUUGGAGGAGAUAGAGGAGGAAAACACACUAAAUUUAGUGGAGUUAGAGGUAGAAACAGGCACGAAUCGAGUCGAAUCGGAGGUUGAAACCAUAUCGAAUAGAGUGGAAUCUGAACCGGAGGAAGGAGAUGCGCUCACACGUGCACCCAACGAUAUCAAUGGUGAUGUCGAUGAAUCAAAUAUCCUCCAAACGACACGAACACGUCGACCACGAAUUGAUCCCGAUUUCCAGAGUUUUUACUCUAAAUUUCAUCUCCAAGAGGAAGAGGAGGAUCGAGAAAUACGUCGUGCAUAUACGACAGCUUUCAAUAUUGGCAAAACGAUGCCAAAUCGACUCCACAGUAACGAUUUACCACCACCUCCGAAGUCGUGGAAAGAUCUGAGAACACAUCCGUAUAGAGAGAUGUUCUAUACUGCUGCUCGAAUAGAGAUUGAAGCUUUGAAAUCCAAAGGCACGUUUGAUGUUGUAGAUAAACCGGUUGACGUCAGUAAACAGGUUUUACCAUUAUUAUGGGUUUUCAUAUACAAACUCGAUGCGAAUAGAUAUCUAAUCAAGGCUAAGGCCCGAAUCUGUAUGCAUAGAGACCUCCAAACUUUGACAGGGAAGAAGAAAUAUACAGCAACGCUAGCAGCGAAAACAGGCCGUUUAAUAUUCGCAUUAGCAGCAGCCUUCGAUCUGGAUACACAUCAACUUGAUGCAGUCAAUACAUUUCUUAAUAGUAUGCUACACGAUGAGAUUUACACCCGAAUGCCUCCUAGAUUCCAACAGAUCGGAAAGGCAUAG